AGCCACACUAUGCGCUCGAGCUUCGCUUGCAGAGUUUUGAUACCGAAUUUGAUAGUUUGUUAGUUUAUUUAUCUACUAAACGACUGAUUACAAACCCGAUUUUUUUGUCGUAUUAGACAUGGUUGACAUAAUUGGUGUCGUGUUUAAGCGGUUUGCUUCAGCGCUGCAUGUUUCCAGUGAUAUGAAGCUCUCCUGUGAAUCGGAAUGCAGCGCUUUGGUGGUUGGUGAUGAAAAAGUCACCAGGUCGCUGUUGUUUUUGUCAGCGGUGACUGCAGCCUCAGAAAUGGAAAUGAAAGUGCUGUUUUUCACGCAAACUCAAAUUCAGAGUCUUCCUGUAAUUCUUCAGACGUGUCCUGGCUCCCCUCCUCUAAAAACGGAAAGUCUUAAGAAAAUCAAGUUUGUGUAUCCCAGGACCUUGGAGGAGCUGCUGGAGGAUGUGGCAUCCCUUCACGAGUUAGUUAAUGAUCCUGCACCACUUCCAAGCCUGAUUAUUGUAGAUGGUUUGGAGAAGUAUGUGAGUGUUCAGGACAGACUCAAGCAGGAUGCUCGAAGCAUGGCAGCUCACACAGUAGCCCUUCUGCACGAUACAGCUACUUUUCUCACCCAGAACCUGAACACCAGAGCAGAGGAAAACCAGUUGCCAUGCAGGAUCAUGGUCUCUUAUCAGCCUGAGAGGAAAGGACAAGGAGAGAGCGAUGGGUUAGUCCCAGAUCCUCCACUUUCAGUACUGGAACGGUACUUGCAGGUGAAGUGCACAUUUGAGAAGGUGACAAGUACUGUAGAACAGCAAAACAAGUGGUUGCUGCAUCUCUCUGGUCCAAGACUGCAAGUAAAUGGGGUUGAGAAUGUAGAAAAGGAUCUGGAAUUGCGGUGGCACAUGGCACAGCAGCCUAAUGGGGCACUGGAGUUCUGGCCUGAGACUGCACCCAAAGCAGAGACCUCACAAGAACAAAACACUAUGGAAGUAAAAAAAAAAAAAAGGAACCACAUUGACUGAAGAGUGUUGAAACUUUGCAGCAUUUAUAAUCACUUUAAUUAAUUUGUUCAUGUAUUGUUAGUUACCCCUUCAUCCGGAUCAGUGUUGCUGUGGGUUCAGAGCCUAUUCAGAAACAGUGGAUUCAAAACCACUAAAUAACCUGGUAAGAAUUGUAUGUAAACACAUUUACUGGUUUAUUGUAUCUUUGUAAUUAUAAGAUUUAAAGGUG